AACCAAAACAAUAAAUUUCAUGUCCACUUAUCACUACAAUGUGCCUAUAGUAUUUGAAGGUACUUGGUUUUAUUGAGGUAUUAUAAUGUCAUUUCUAGGUCUCGAUAAAUGGGCCCGACUCUUCCGGAUAAUCCGGCAAAAUGGAGGAAUAUUUAAGACCACUUACAAGCUGUGGAGAUUCGAUACUCUCAAGGAAGGGACCUUCGUCGGUUCAGACUCCUUCGGCAACAAGUACUAUGAGAACAACUACUACAUGAUUGGCCGCAACCGGUGGGUCGAGUUCCACCCUAAAUUCGCCUGGGAAUAUGACGCUACUCAUAUAACCUCAGAGUGGUACGGCUGGCUCCACCACAAGACAGACAACCGCCCUUGCGAGGACAGCGCAAAGUACUACCUGAACUGUUGCUGUUACGUCGCCAACUGGCUACUGCCCUUCAGCGAGAAUUUGACUGGGACGGAUAAAGCAUACUAUCCGUACAGCACGACCAAUCAUCAUAUCUGCGUCUGGGAUGGUUGUUCCCUGUGCAAUCGACACACAAAGACAUAAUUGUUUUUCUAUUAAUUAUAUCCAAUUUUACUUGUUACCUAAUUAUU